AUGGGUGGCGGCGACCUCAACAUGAAAAAGUCGUGGCACCCUCUCGUCGCGGCGAACCAGGAGAGGGUGUGGAAGCGCGAAAAGGAGGCGAUCGAGGAGCGCAAGAAGCUCGAGGAGCUUCGACGCGAGCGCGAGCAGGAGCGCGAGAUGCAGGAGCUCCAGCGUCUCCAGGAAGAGGCCGGCGGCAAGAAGCGCGUCGACCGCGUCGACUGGAUGUAUGCCACGCCAGCCACGACGGGCUCCAAGUCGGCCGCCGAGAUGGAAGACUAUCUGCUCGGCAAGAAGCGCGUCGACAAGCUGCUGCAGGGAGAUGAGGCGGAAAAGGUAUCCAAGUCCAGCCAGCAGGGGCCGAUUUCGCUGCAGAAUGCCAACUCGGCGCGUGACUUGGCCGCCAAGGUGCGCGAGGAUCCCAUGCUCGCCAUCAAGCAGCAGGAGCAGGCCGCAUACGAGGCGCUGCUGCGCGACCCGGCCAGGUUGCGCAAGCUCAAGGCCCAAGCAGGCAUCGACGUGGACGCCGAGUCCAAGGACGAGCGCCGACGUCGGAAAGAGGAGAAGCGACGCCGCCACGAACACGAAAGCAGCAGCAGCAGUCGCAGACGCCAUCGCGACGACGAACACGACAGCCACCGCAGAAAGGAAUCGCGCCAUCGCGACUCUCAAAGCGAAUCCAGUCGUCGCCGACACCAUCGGCACGGCGACGACGCCGCAGCAUCAAGAGAUCGAAGUCCGAGUCGCCGAGACAGCGAGCGCCGUUCGUCCAGGCGACACUCUCCGGACCGCCGGCGCGAAGCGGACCGAGACAGGGAUUCCUUCCGUGACGACAGACGCAGCUCCAGAUACGAAGAGCGUGAUCGCAACGGCUCGGCGCAGUCAACACGGCCGCGGAGUCGCAGCCGAUCUCGAAGCCGCAGCCGAUCUCCAGCACGGGAGCGUCGAGCGCACGACGACCGUGCUCGGCAAUCGCAGGAUGUUCGCAGGACGACGGACGAUCGUCGUGACCGUUUCGGCUCGCGUGACCGCCCAGCUGCUAUGCGACCGCGCAACGCCGAGGAGGACGAUGCGCGCAAGGAGGAGGUGCGCUUGCAAAGGCUGCGCGAGAUGGAGCAGAAUGCAAAGUCGAUGGAGCAGGAGCGCAGCUCGUACGUCCGCAAGAUCAACACGGAGGAAGCCGAGCAGGAGCGUCGCGAGGCCGAGCUGCGCCAGAAGCUGCUCGAUGCCCGCACAAAGGGACACGGCGACGGUAAGGGCAACUUCCUGCUCGACCAGCAGCGCAAGACGUUUGGCGACAGCGUCGAUCUCUCUGAGCGCAUGAAGCGCGACCGUGGUCGACUGCAGCGCUUUGAUUGA